AUGAAGGUUGUCCUGGCUGUCUUGUUGGCCGUCGUCCUGUGCGCACAGCAAGCUGACUCGCUGUGGUGCUUCGUGUGCGAAAACCAAUCCAGCAACUGGAGCUGUCUGAAGGUCACAAAGUGCUCGGCUGCGGACAAGUACUGCCUGACGACUGUUGGUUAUGCUGGGAUUGGCAUGUGGACAGCCAGGAGGCGAAUCACCAAGAAAUGCUCCCCAACCUGCCCAGAGUUCAAUAUAAACCUGGGCUUAGCCUCCUACUCCACUACCUGCUGCAAGACCUCCUUGUGCAACGUGAGUGGGAAGCCGGCACCCAAGCCAGGUCCUCCUCAGUGA